AUGGUUGUCGCGACGGCCGAGGGCCCGAUCCGCGCCGACGCCGUGCCGCCGGAGAGGGCCGAUGCGGCGGCGGCGGCGGCCAGGGAGGACGAGGUCGUCAGGGAGUACAAGAGCGACGUGAGGAAGCUGGAGGAGCUGUUCAAGAAGCUGAACCCGUCCGCGGAGGAGUUCGUGCCGCUCUCCCGCCGCCAGCAGGGGGGCGGCGGCGCCCGCCGCCUGUCGGCCGACGCGCCCGUCUUCGUCUCGCCCGCGAUCGACUACUACGCGCCCCACCACCCGUUCCAGCAUCAGCAGAUGCACGUGCUGCAGGUGGUCGGCGGCGCGGGCAGAGACUCCAGCAGCGACGGAUCCGCCAAUGGCCAGCCCAAUCGACGGUCGGUCGACCAGAUUUGA